GCCAUGGUUUAUGUUACUGUUAUUUGUAUAUCAGCUGCAGCCUGUCUGUAUGCAUUGGGUGGUGCAUUCUUCUUUGUCAGGCUAGAAUCUGUUCUCUGUUUCAUUUAACUAGAAGAGGAAAGAAGGAAACAGCAAGGAAAUAAGAACAGGCUCUUAAUGCUUGAGAUGUCCUGAUGCAUGAAAGCCUGGGUUUUUUGGCUUCCAGGAGAAAUAGUAGAAAAUGCAAAACAACGAAAUAAUAAAGCCUGCUAAGUACUUCUCAGAAGUGGAAAAGAGUGUGCUGCUUGCAUUAGUUGAAAAAUACAAAUAUGUACUUGAGUGUAAAAAAAGCGAUGCAAGAACUAUUGCGUUGAAACAACGUACUUGGCAAGCGCUUGCCCAUGAAUAUAAUUCUCAACCUAGUGUAUCACUACGAGAUUUCAAGCAGUUAAAGAAAUGCUGGGAAAAUAUCAAGGCACGGACAAAAAAGAUAAUGGCACAUGAAAGACGGGAGAAAGUAAAAAGAAGUAUUAGUCCACUUAUAAAUACUCACAUCAUAGGGAAAGAGAAGAUUGCCAGCAUGAUGCCUGAGCAAAUGUACUUUUUACAGAGUCCACCAGAAGAAGAUUCUGAAUAUCAACCUGAUGCUUCUAAUCAAGAGUCAUUUUCUGUCUCAAACAGAGAACUGUGUGAUGAAGAGAAAGAGAUAGUACAUUUCCCAAUAUGUGAAGGCACCUCCCAACCUGAGCCCUCAUGUUCAGCUGUCAGAAUAACAGCGAAUAAAAACUAUCGAAGUAAAGCCACUCAAGAGGGAGCUUUGAAAAAGAUGCAUGAGGAAGAGCAUCACCAGCAAAUGUCAAUUUUACAACUGCAGCUGAUACAAAUGAAUGAAGUGCAUGUGGCAAAAAUACAACAGAUAGAAAGGGAGUGUGAGAUGGCUGAAGAGGAACACAGGAUAAAAAUGGAAGUGCUAAAUAAAAAGAAAAUGUAUUGGGAGAGAAAACUACAAACCAUCACAAAAGAAUGGCCUGUAUCAUCCUUUAACAGACCCUUUCCUAAUUCACCCUAGAAUUUAUGGUGGGGUGAGAAAAUCUGGUUGAGCACAUUGUUACUAAGGUGUAUUGGCAAGAGGGUCUAUUAAAAUUAAUGUAGUGUGAGAGAAUGGAUGUUCAGUCAAUAGUGAACAUGUUUGGACUCCUUAAUACCAUCUAGGAAUACAGAUUGGAUGAGUCUAAUAGGGGAAAGUUCUAUAGUUCAUUUGUGGGUGAGCGCUGAAAGUAAAUUGUCUGUUCUUUGAGUUUCAGAUAUGCACAGUAGUACUUGUGAAUUGUGAGCAUAACAUUUGUUCCUCUCUCAAAUUCCAACCACUGUUUUUAAAUCUAGGAAGUUCCUAUAGAGUAGACACACCUGAAAUUUGAGUAUGUUUUAAACUUCAGCUUUACAACUUUACACUUUAAACUAUAAUGCUUGUUUUCUAGCCCUUUCUUCCAUUUCCUGGUUGAAGGAGUUGGAGUCAUUCUUUGUUCUCACACUGAACACCGCAGAUAUUUGACGGGCAGUAACCCAAUUGCUAUACAGGGACAUAGAGGAAAUCCCCUCCCCCUUUCUUUUUUUAUUAUUAUUUUAUUUAUUAUUCCUUCUCUGCAGCAGGUAAGUGAAAAUGACGGAGCCGGUGAGGAGACAAGAGGACCAUUCUAGUAGGUAAUUUGCAGGGAAAGGAAAUCAAAACCUCCAACCAGCUGGCUGAUUGAGAUGAUGAUUGGGCACUGGCCUGCUAGUUGCUAGGGCCAUAACUGUUGGAAAGAGGGAAAGAAGAGGAUAUUUUCCCAGAAGCAGCUACUUUUGGCUGUCUUCUCUCAGUCCUAUCCUAUCACCCAGAUAUAUAUGCAGGAACUAGAAAUAUGUGAGGGAAGCAUGCUACUGAAGUUGCUAGAGAAAGAAGCCAGCCCCUAACUGCACUGUACACCUGACUUCAUUCUGUGAAUUAUAGCUUUGCUGCUGCUUCAUGUAGUUCUUAAGAAGCAGCUGGCUGGCUAUCUUGCCAACAAGCAAUUCUUCCCAGCAGCCAGCUAAUGGAUUUAGAUCUUGCCCCUUAUUAGAAGUGAGGUCUGUUGUGGAUCCUGCUCUUUUCUCACCAACUCAACAUACUUAUAGAGGUAAAGGCAGAUUUUCACUUGGUGCAGUGCCCUAUACCUGUGAAUUCUGUCUGCUUGGCUGUGUCCCACACGUCGGCCCAGAGCCACCCUGCCUCUGAUAUCAACCAGGGAUUCCUGUUAUCUUUAUUUACUUAUAUGUAUCAGAAUAGCACCGAGAGGCCUCAACAGAAACUGGUGCCCUCCUGUGCUAGGUGCUACAAAGACACAUAAUAAAAGAUUGCCCCUCCCGAAGAUCUUAGUCUAAAGAAGACAAGGGCUGGGAAAUGGGCAAUAUGAAACCAAGGGUAAAGUAUUAAAGUUCACAUUUAGAGGUUUACUCUAAAGGAUCUUCCUGUAUCUGAAAAGGUGUUUUGGAGGGAGAGGCAUUUUAAAUAAGUGACAAAGAAUGAGCAGAAACCCCUUAUUUUGUAUUCAGUUAUAAAAUUGAGAGUUCCGUUAUUUUAAAUGUAUUUUUUCCCCACAGAUAAUGGUUAAUAAGGAGAAAACCAUACAUUAGCAAUAUUUUUCAAAUGAAAAAAAAAUUUUAAAGGUGUCAUCCUCCCUCUGUUGUGUUCCACCUCCCACCUCUUCUCUGGAUUUCCUUCCUCCUCCGAGGUUUCAUAUUUAUUUUUCUCUUGGUCAUUUUUCCCUGCCGCUGAUGCAUAUGUGUAGGCUUUGUUCCUGUCAGUCAUAAUAUGCUGCCUGCACCACAGUGGUGAAAGUGAAGAGAAUGAUGCUGUUUCAGUGCUGCUUCUCCUGAAUGAUUGACAAAAUCAGUUCUGGCAGAGAUGGAGCAGGCACUAACAUGAGGCUGGUAUGAAACUAAAGGGCAAUUCUGUUGGGUAGCAAAAUCCCAUUCUCAGUGUGGAUGGACUCCCUCUUCUGGCAAAUUGACUGUAGGAAGGAGAAGACAGUGGAGCCGGAGAGUACUAAUUCUGUUGGCCCGAAAGGAACACAACGUUGGAGUGUGGGACAAUAAUCUAUGACUCAGGGUAGGGGAAAUUAAAGAGGAGAAUUGGGGUUGGGGAGGGCAAUUCUUUGGUCUGAGUCUUGAUCUGUGGUUUAGGGGGUGAGAAUGCUUUGAGUGGAGAUGGUGAUGGCCCAUGCACCUAUGAAAAAGGUGGGAUGGAGGAGACUAUAUAUUAGUGUCACACUGACACUGACAAGGCCCUUCCCGUACUGCUACUGGCUGAAAACCACUCAGAACUACGCAGUGUAAAAAAAUAGGUAAGGUAUCAGAAGGUGAGGAAAAGAGACAUCUUGAAAGUUGGGGAGGGAGCAAGACUGAUGAGAGAAUGUAGAUUUGAAUGGGAUGGGCCUAGAAGACAAUACAGCAUGCUCCACGGAGAUUGUGAUAUCGCCUCAUUUUUUACUCUUUAUGGUGAUAGCACUGCUUAUGAAAUACAUUGUUUUUAUGUUUAUAUUCCAAAGAAAUUCAUUUAAAUUAUGCAUAUUUUCAGAUUACCAAGUGGGUGAUGUCUCAGAUUGGCAAUACACUCUUAGAGCCUUAUUCACACAGCGGAGUGCUUGAAACCAAAAUGUACAGCAUUUGGAAUGGGCAAGAGGGCCUUUGAAUUCAGUCACUGUUGUAAAAAAGUAUAGCAGAAGGAUUGGAAAGAACCAAGAUAAAAGAGUUUAAGGAAAGGGUAGCUAGUGUGAGUAUUAUGCCUAGGGACAUGGUAUUGAGAACCACAAGAUGUCUGGAGACAUUGGAACAAUAUUUAUAUAAGGAAGUCUUACUGAUCCAGCUAGACUUACAGAAUGAUUAUUCCCUGUAUUGUCCUAAUAUAUAUCCCCUUGAAUAACACUUAAAAUUGUUCCUCUCUCUUCUUUCUGGCUUAUAUUCUCCAUUAGCUGUUUGGCCAAGAUUCUUAGUUUUUUUCUAAAUCUUUUCUCAUAAGAAAAUCCCAGCAGCCCUAAACUAUUCAUUUGUCUUCUUUGAAUUUCCUCCAAGUUGUUUACAUCUUUUUAGUAUUAAGGUACCCAGAACUGAAUAUGAUGGGCCAAAAUUAUCUCUGGUUUAACUCCAUGGAUGAUAAAUUAUACCAGCGAGGCAUUUGGCCCAGAGUUCCAGUUGUGGUCUAUUUGUUCAUACAGAGAGAAAGUGUCAUCUCCCUGGCCAUGCCAUGAUGCAUCUGCUUAUAUUGUCCAAUAUCACAUUGACUUUUUUUACCGCUAUAUCAAAUUGGAGCUCAUCUAAUUUGCUAUCCACUGUCAUAAGUAAGUCUUUUUCUGCAUUACUUGUUUCAAAAUUUCUGUCUCUCAAGAUCUGUUUCAUUUAUUAUUCCCCAGCAAUACAAGCUGGCAUAUUUCCAGGUAGAAUCUCAUUUUGCUGUUUUCUGCCUUUGGCUUUGAUCAUACUCAACCCAAGAUCUGUGCACAGAGUGGACCCUCCUUGCAUAGCUCCACUUAUUGCAUGGCACAGUUACAUACACGUUCUGCUAGACCCUAUGAGGGGCCCUUCGGGGACUUGGUGAAGGCAGUGGGGAAGACUGGGUAAGCUAGGAGAAAGAAGCAGGUAGAGGGAAAUGUUGUUUCCUAUCCAGCUCUACAGAGCUCAGACAGGAAAGACUAUGGCCCCAGGCUGUAAUCUUUUCAGCUGAGUCCUCCCUCAGGACCAGAGCUGGUUCAGCAGCAGUGUCUACAUAGGUGGCCCUGGCCUUUCAUUGAUCCUUGGGGAUGUUUGGGGUGGUCUCAGUGGCCUUUUCCAACACUCUCUGCCCAUAGGAUGAUCAUAGAAUAUCAGGAUUGGAAGGGACCUCAGGAGGUCAUCUAGCUCAACCCCCUGCUCAAAGCAGGACCAAUCCCCAACUAAAUCAUCCCAGUCAGGGCUUUGUCAAGCCUGACCUUAAAAACCUCUAAGGAAAGAGAUUCCACCACCUCCCUAGAUAACCCAUUCCAGUGCUUCACCACCCUUCUAGUGAAAAAGUUUUUCCUAAUAUCCACCCUAAACCUCCUCCACUGCAACUUGAGACCAUUACUCCUUGUUCUGUCAUCUAGUAGCACUGAGAGCAGUCUAGAUCCAUCCUCUUUGGAACCCCCUUUCAGGUAGUUGAAAGCAGCUAUCAAAUACCACCUCAUUCUUCUCUUCUGCAGACUAAACAAUCCCAGUUCCCUCAGCCUCUCAUAAGUCAUGUGUUCCAGCCCCCUAAUCAUUUUUGUUGCCCUCCGCUGGACUCUUUCCAAUUCUUCCACAUCCUUCUUGUAGUGUGGGAGGAAUCUCCAUGAAAGGAUUCACAUGGAAAGUUCCUUGUCUAGAGCCCUACCCAUAGGCCUUAUCAUGCACAGAGAAUAAUCUCUUUUUUCCCCCCAAAUAUCUCUAGGACCUGUUGUAUUGUUUCUCUCACCUUCCUGGUGCUUACAGUCAAUUUUUCCUCACCUGCUGUACUGGCACAACCUUUGAUUGAUGACUACUUCAACUUUCUGUUUAAAGAAUGCUGAUUUCAGCCAUAUUAGAUACACUUUUAGAGUUAACCUUUCUUCUUGUUUAAAUGGGCCGAUUGUAUGUCUAGUAUUUCUUUUUCCCAGGUAUUCUUUAGAGUUCUUACUUGCUGAACCAGUUUGGCCAGACUUAACUAAUUCAUCUUUAUUUUUUCCUUCAACCCCCAACUGUCUCUCCUGGGCCACAUCCUCGGCCCAAACUUCAGCAACUGUGUGCUGCCCUAAAGAGGGAGCCAGGCAUUUCCCUGCUGUAAGGGAAUCCCCUGGGUGACAUAAAGCUGGCAUAGCCAGCUCUGUCAGCACCUGCUCUUCCUUCCCACUGUGUACGGGGUGUGUUGGAGCAAGGCUAAAGUACACAGUACUCUGACCAAUCACUGGUCAGUGGAGUGGUCCCUAUAGGAGACUGCUGCAGCUGACAUAAUUUAGAUCAGCACUUAGGCUGUUCUAAAUUAUGGUAGGGUCAAAGCAGUCCCUGGCAGCCCUAGGACUAGGGGAACUGAAAGGAAGAUUCAGAGCCAAAUUUCAUUUCCAUUCCUCCUUACUUGUUUUUGUUUUUUAGUCUCAAAUUUGAAUGGUUCCUCAUAAAGACAUAUUUUUUUCAAUAAUUCUUCUGAUGCAUGUUUUAUUUUUGUGCCAAACUCGUAAAGUCCAUCAGUUCAGUCUUAUGGUUUCAUACAUGUGAGUAGUUUAUUCAAAGAUGUUUUGUAUGUGUCAGGCACAGAUAGCAGUUUCACCUUGUGUUUUUCAUGCUCUAUGUCCUUACUCAAUGGAGUUCCUGCUGUCUGUCUCAUUGUCAAUCUAUUUCACUGUACAUGCCUUUCUGUAAAUACUUCAGACACCAUCCACCUUUUCUUCUUUUUCUGUCUCCUGUCAGACAUUGAAAGGUAAUCACAAUAUCUUUGUAAUGUGAGUAUUAAUGAAUUACUAAAAUUAAUAUAUUUAGAUUAGUAAAACAAACAUAAUAAAUAUGACAGAAUAAUAUGACAGAAAUGUUAACACGAUUUAAGAAUGUUUAUACAAGGCAGAUGGUCAAUAAUUUUGAAGAAUGAAAAGAACUUGUUGCCAACUGUAAAAAUAAAAGAACUACCAAUUUUGUGCCAGUAGAAACAUACACAGUGCUCUUUGCUCUUCCAAACUCAUAGAAUUAUUGUGGUGCUUUUGAAUUCUGGGGGAUUUUGUUUUUUUAUAUAUUUUUUAAACAUGGAAUUGCAUAGAACAAGUCAGUUCACUUAGAUGUAAAGUAAGUACACAGGGGAAUGUAGAUAGACUUUAAGGCAUAAUAAAAGAGCACAUUAACACAUUGGAUAUGCCUACAAAAUUUCAGAUACUUAGACACAUUUGUUGAUGUCUCCCUCCCUACAACAUUCUCACAGUCUCCUGCUUCCUCCCGUCAGUACUUUGAGUCUUCUCCCUCUGGUUGUACUGUGUUUGAUAUUCUCCAUGGAUUACCAAAGUUCUUUCCUCUAGUGCCAGCAGUUUAUCUUUCAAGGGAGUUUGUGAAUGGGCCAGAUCCACUGCACAAUAUGUCCUCUCAGUAUGGUCUUUCCUAAAAAACAUUCCCAAAGUUUGCCUUUGUUUCUAUUUUGUCAGACACUAACUAUACCAAACAAAGCCUUGGGUCAGGAAUGCAAAGAGUUCACCACAGACAAUUUUUCUAGCUUCUCAAACUGACUUAAUUUUGUGUUUUCUCCUUGCAGGACUUCCUGUAUCUCCCUCUAGCUCUCCUAUUUCAGAGAGCCACUGAGUGUUGAUUUCUGAGUUGAUUAUAAAGAUACCCGCCUAAUCUGGCUAUCAGUAUGAGUCAGCUGAAUUGCUCUGCACUUACACACAUGGUCCUAAGACAUUCUCAGAUGUCGAACACUCCCCUUUCUCCACCCUCCUCUAAACAGCUUCUGUUUGAGAAGAUGGACUACAUAUUCCUCACACCCAGCCUCUGGUCAACUUUUUUUUGGGGAUCUAGGGACCUACGCUUUGUGGCAGUAACAAUAAUAGGCUGCAAAAAGUGCUAGACUUUUCUACUUGUCCCCAAAUUAUACUGAAUGGAAAUUGUAUAUGUUUGAUGGCUGUGUGCCCCAGAAUGCAUGCUGUGUGCAAAAGAUAUUUGAGAGUUAUUUCUCUGAUAGUUGGAGUCAAGCAGGCAGGCUGCCAAAUGUGCUGGGCACAACAAUCAAGGAAAAAGAAUGAGGAGGAGGGCCAUUGGACAGUUAUGAGAGAUAAUCAGCUGUGUUGAUGGGAGAAUGCAGAUGGGGUCACAGUGGAUGAUCAAACUGAUAAGAACUAAACAGUAUCUUUGUCCAGUCUUCUGAUUGAUCUUGAAGAAACUUCCCAAUAUUUAGAAUAGCUAGAAAUCUUCUUUUCCCCUUCCUUCCCCUGCUAAGAGCAGGCUAGAUGGAAACUAGAGAAUUCUUUCCCUUAAAAAAUAGUAAGCUAGAUUUUAGAUAGUGCUUAUUAUUUAAUUAUUAUUUAAUUUCUUUGUUUGUUUUUAUA